CAACACCAACCAUCAACUCAUGUUAACCAAUGCAAUGCUGCCGAAGUGAAAAAUCAAUAAUUUAUCGCCAACGUCACAAGUAAAUAGAUACUUACAGCUUGUGACUGAGUGAAAGCGGAAAAACCCGCGGCGAGCCAUUUAUUACUAACAAUAUGUCUCCUCAACGUAACGGCGCUUUUCGCUUCGUCCUGACGACCAUUUUGCUGCUUGGCAGUCAACAACAUGCCAACGCUUUUAGUCCCAUUUCGAAGGAGAAUAUUUUCGCUGAUGUCCUGCUCACCGAAUUGCUGAAUCGCAUGGACAAGGACAUUGAUCCGGUGCAAAAUUAUUUCGAUUUGUUAUCCGAUACGCCAAAGAGUCUUGAUUUGGUAUCACGUUCAUCGAAGAAUAGCAACAAUGGCCCCGAUGACUAUGAAUACCGCGCCAUGUUUGGCUCACACCCAUCCAUACGCGAUCAGGAGUAUUUGCAGCACAGCACUUUGUGGGGUCAUCAGUACAUAAACGGUGGCAUGGGUGAGAUGCCCAACCGCUUCCCAUCAAUUAAGACCGAUGCCACCUUGCCGGCCUACUGCAAUCCUCCAAAUCCCUGUCCAUAUGGCUAUGAGGAGAGUCAGGGUUGCAUAUCCGAUUUUGAGAAUACAGCAAUUUUCAGUCGCGAAUUCCAAGCUGCUCAGGAAUGCACCUGCGACAAUGAACACAUGUUCGAUUGCGCCAGCCAGGAUAGCAAUGCCAGCGCCAAUGAGAUGACUUCGACCAUGGAGAAGUUCUUGAUGCAUCAAUUUCAGAAUGAGAAUGGUAUUGAUAAUCCUAAUGCUGUGGUGAAGAAGUUCUACGGAUUUGCCAGUGGACGUGGCGGUCCGAAUAAUCCAUUCUUGCAAGGCGAGAAGCUACCCAUAGCCGCCAAAAAGGGUGAUCAUAUUAGGGCUUAAGUUGUGUGUGUGUGAAAGUUCGUCGUGUCACUUUGUUGGAACAUUAAAUGUUGUCAUUCUUCGCCUCUUACCAUCCGUGCACAUUCAUACAAAUGUAUUGUUGAGCGUAUAUACAUAUACCUACAAAGAUACAUACUUACCAACUUGUGUGACACAAAGGCGUUAUGGUGCAUUUACAUAUUUCAAUGUAAAUGCUGAAAUAGUGGAAGUCUUAUUUUAAGCUUGUUAUUUAAAGUGUAAAGUAAAAUGUAUCAAAAAAGAAUAGUCAAAAUUUUAAUCACAAAUAAAUUGUAAACUAAAUAUGAAUUACAAAAUAUCUACCCGUUAGCAAA